GCAAGGCUACAAUAUAAAUAUAACUUGACAGCAGAGGUAGUAAUCUAGAGUAAAAGUUUGCGUAAGUCUAAGGAGGAAAGGGUUCUCAUUCGCGAGUCGAGGUUGAGCAAGCUUCAGAUUUAAUCGUUUGAUCCAUUUGCAGACAUGAAUCUAUUGGUUUUGAAAAGCAGGUAUCUUGCAAAGAUUCAAUAACUUUGUAUAUGUUUGGUUCUUAAGUUUAGAGUUAUUUGUCUUACAUGAACAAUGUUCAGAGGACAAUUCCACCAAAGAAGAUGGAGCAUCUAUCCCAAAGCAAGAUGCGUGAGCUCCUAACAGUGACUAUUGAGGGUAGCAAUCUCAGAGAAGCCGUGAAACUACCUCCUGGUGAAGACAUUAACGAGUGGUUGGCCUUGAACACUAUGGAUUUCUACAAACAAGUAAGACUUUUGUGUGCUACUUUUGAAAAUUUAUGCACACCCACCACUUGCCCAAUAAUGAAGGCUGGAAGAUAUGAGUGUCAAUGGGUAGAUGUAAAUACUGGACAAAGACAUAAAAUGGGUUCAGCCACUGAGUAUAUUGGGUCUGUCAUGAACUGGAUUGGAACUCAUAUCGAUAACGAUACUAUCUUUCCAAAGAAAUCAGGAGAACCGUUUCCUCCAAACUUUAAGGAUAUCGUGAAGCGCAUUUCGAGGAAGUUGUUUAAUGUGUAUGCACACAUCUAUCGUACUCACUUUCUUUCAAUUGUGGAUGUCAAGGAAGAAGCUCAUCUCAACACUUGCUUCCAGCAUUUUAUUCUCUUCAUGUCUGAGUACCAAUUGAUGGUUGAUGAGCAUUGUAUGGCUCCUCUUAAGAAACUCGUGGAAAUUAUUUUGGAACCAUAGAAAACUCUUCAUGUUUUCAGGGCCUAGGGAAAAGAGAUUUUCAUAUGUUCACCAAUAACAUCGUUAAGAAGUUUAUUAUGAUCUUUGGCUUUUAAAAAAUAUGUUCAUCUAAUGCAAUUAUGCAAACAGUAUAUGAUCUUGUGAGGUUUCAAUUAAUAAAAGAUCAUUUUGUCUAUA